UCUCUUGCAUCACCAAGAAUAUUAAAUCGAGAUAUUCUGUCACGAACAUUUCUAUCCUGCCUUCUUCUUGAACGUCACCUCUCAACAUCCACCAAGUCCAACAACACCCCUCAGUUCCCGUCAAGAUGGCCCCCUCAGCCACCUACCCCAUCAUCAGCACCACGCACUCGGGCGCCGACCUCGAAGCCAUCUCCGACGCCGUCGACGAGAUCAACGUCCUCAAAUUCAAAGCCGCUCAACAAGUCAGCGAGAUUCUCAACGACAACAACAACUCCUCUGUCCCAUCUUCUCCCACCUCCGAAUCCUCCUCCACCACCCAUGAAGAAGAAGAAGAAGAAGACCUCGACGACUUCGACACCCCCUCCCACUUCGACUCCACCAAAGACCACUCCCGCUUCCGGCAAUACACCACCGCCGAAUCUCGCGUACUCAACUUCUACACCGAACAACACACCAAGCAAACCGUCUCGCACAACCUCGCUGCUCGCGCCCACUUCAACUCGCCCGACCGUAAGCGGCCCGAAAUGACCAUCUGGCAAGCGAUCGAGUGCCUAAACUCUUUAAUCGACGAGUCCGAUCCCGACACGGAACUCAGCCAGAUCCAGCACCUGUUGCAGUCAGCCGAAGCAAUCAGACGAGACGGCAAGCCGCGGUGGAUGCAGCUUGUAGGACUGAUUCACGACUUGGGCAAAUUGAUGCUUUUCUUCGAGUUGGCUUCAGGGCAGUGGGACGUAGUAGGCGACUCGUUCCCUGUCGGGUGCAAGUUCAGCGAAAAGUGUAUUUUGCAUGAGAGCUUCAGUGCGAAUCCGGAUUCGGGACAUGCCGUGUAUAGUACGGAGCAUGGGAUUUAUGCGCCGGGGUGUGGGAUUGAGAAUCUGAUGAUGAGCUGGGGCCAUGAUGAGUAUUUGUAUCAGGUUGUGAAGGAUCAGAGUACGAUCCCGAGGGAAGGGCUGGCGAUGAUUCGGUUUCAUAGUUUUUAUCCGUGGCAUCGCGAGGAGGCGUACGGGUGGGCGAUGAAGGAGGGGGAUGAGGAGCUGAGGAGGGCGGUGAGGGCGUUUAACCCGUAUGAUCUCUAUUCGAAGAGUGAUGAGCCGGUGGAUGUCGAGGCUGUUAAGCCUUACUACAUGGAGUUGAUCGACGAGUUCUUCCCGAGCAAGGUCAUCAAGUGGUAGACGGCCAUGACCACAGAACCUCCAUUACUCGCGACGAUGUUGAAGAAGCGGCACUUUGGCACCAAAAGCCGGCCCUUUUGGGCGAUGGAACAACGACACGAGUUAACGGCUUCCGCUCAGACAUGCAUCUUUCUUUGCCUGUCAUUGUCUUUUAUGUUUAUGUCACGGCGUCACGGCGUCACAGUGUUGUUAGACACGCACCUGCGUUGCGUUUCAUUUCCUUUCUCCCACUUAGAGGUAGAGUCUGGUUCUUGCCGUUGGAUUUGUGCAUCAUCGCAUCCGUCAGGCACGGCGAUGUUAUCCUUUUUCAGUUCAG